AUGGCAACGUCAACACCAAACCACCCCAUUCUCAAUGGUCUCAAUGACGCCCAGUGUAGGGCCGUGACCUCAGAUGCCGCCACUGUUGCUAUCCUGGCCGGACCCGGCAGCGGCAAGACCCAUACACUCACAGCCCGGGUCGUCUGGCUGGUCGACCACAUGGGAAUCCGACCCGAGGAUGUGAUUGUGGCCACCUUCACCGUCAAGGCCGCCCGCGAAAUGAAGGAACGCAUUGGGAAAGCUCUCGGUAAUGGGCGGGAGAACAAAAUCAUCCUCGGGACAUUCCACAGCAUUUCACGCCGCUAUCUCGCCGCAUACGGACGACACAUCGGCCUCAAUCAGAAGUUUGGCAUUGCCGAUAGCGCCGAUUCCAGCGCCAUUAUUAAACGAGUUUGCAAGAGGUUGCAGCUCGGCACCGACCCGGCGGUCGCACGCUCAUGGAUUAGCAAGGAGAAAGUCAAGGGUUCCGAGGCUACUUCCAAGUCGGCUCGCCAGGAGUCCAAUAAGCCAACUGGGCUUCGGGAGCUUGAGACCUGUUUCGACGAGUACCAAAAGCACCUAGAGACGUCAAACCUCUUGGACUACGACGACUUGUUGGUUAACUGUGUCCGUCUUCUCCGGAAAUUCCCGUCUUGCGUUUCCAACAUACAGACAGUCCUGAUCGACGAGUAUCAAGACACAAACGGAAUCCAGUAUGACUUGAUGAAACUCUUUGCUCAGCACCGUCAGAGAAUAACCACUGUGGGCGACCCGGAUCAAAGCAUCUACGGAUGGCGCUCGGCCGAGAUCAAAAACCUCUGGAAAAUGCUCCGAGAGUUCCCCAAGACCGACGAGGUAUCUCUUGAGGAGAAUUACAGGUCGUCCCAGUCUAUCCUUGACUUGUCACUCGAAGUGAUACAACAGGAUCAGGCCCGGUACCAGAAAGUCCUGAAGCCCACCCACAACAAAGGCCCCCGCCCAGUCCUUCGAAGGUUGAAGAGUGCAUCCGCCGAAGCGGAUUGGAUUGUCUCGGAAGUCAGGAGAGUGCUCGUCAUGUCAGGCUCAAUGCUGCGCCACAACGAUGUAGCAAUUCUCGUACGCUCGGCGGCUCUGUCGCGGCACAUUGAGGCCUCUCUUGGAAAAGCCGGGGUUCCUUACAGGAUGGUUGGCGGCCUAAAGUUCUACGAGCGCGCAGAAAUCAAGGUUAUCAUCGAAUACCUGCGCGCCAUUCAUCAGCCUGAGAAUAACGAUGCACUCGCAAGGAUCCUGAACGUUCCCCAGAGAGGAAUUGGCCCGGAUACCAUCAAAGCGCUGCUCGAGGAGGCCGAAACGUCAUCUCUCAGCGUCUGGGAUGUCCUGUCGAAACAUUGCCGAGGGGACCGCAGGGCGAAAACAAAAAUCACAAAGCAAGCCGAGCAGCGAGUUAGCGGCGGGCUGCUGCGUUUGCUGCAGGAUAUCAGGAAGCGGAUUGCAGAUGCAUCCGAAUCGGCGCCUUUUGGGUUGGUUGAAAUGAUUCAACACCUCCUGACGAAACUAAACUUCGAAAAAUACCUCCAGGGGUCCUAUCCCGACCCCGAUGACCACGCCCAGAGAUGGGCCAACGUGCAGGAAUUCCUGAGUCUCGCCGGCGAGUUCGCCCACGAAUUGGAGCUCUCUGACGAAGAGUCUCUACCAGAAAUUGAAGGUCUCGCACAGACGAAGGAAGAUGGGGUUCUCCCACGUUUUCUAGCCAACGUGUCGCUCGCGUCGGAAACCCAGACGGGAGCCGACGGCCAAGAGAGCAACCCACCCGUAACUAUCUCGACGAUACACGCAGCGAAAGGCCUCGAGUGGCCCAUUGUUUUUAUACCCGCAGUCUACGAUGGGUCCAUUCCUCACAUGCGAUCUGACGACGGCGAUGAAGAGCGAAGGUUGUUGUAUGUGGCCAUGACGAGGGCCCAGAGUUUGCUCUAUCUCAGCUGCCCGCUUUUCGCCUCGAAUGGCCAUGGAGAACGUCACGAAUUGUCGCCUUUUGUUGACCCCGUAAAAGCAUCAUUCAUGCCGAAGGGGCCCUGUCUUGACCGGCCUGUCAUGACUGAGAUUGCCAGGAUCCUUCGCCGCGAGCUGCCACCAGAGGAGACCAUUUACCAAGACCUUCCCGCCAUGUUUAGCCCCGAGGACAACCUUUUCCCCGUCGACCCAGAAGAGGUUGUGCAAGACACCAAGCAUGGGCUCGGGGUUUAUGGGGGAGACGCAUCAAGAGCGAAAAGGCCGAGGCUCCAUGCCCCAUGCGGGGGACAGGCCGAGGACGAGGAAGUUGCUUGGAAAAGGGAGUACACCACUAUGGAACAGUCGUCGACAUUCACCUCCGCCCCACUACCUGGUUUUGUCAGCGUCGGAGCCAACCAGGCCGCCAUCACUGCUGCGAACGGGGCAGCUAAGGUUCCCCAGAAGGCCGAGAAGGCCAAGCCAUCAACCUACAAACGAGCCGCGAACCAGAAAAGCAUCAUGGAGUUUGUAAAGACCAGCUCUGCUUCUGUUCUUCAACCUGCUGGACCAUCGUCGGAGGUAAAACCCAGCACGAUGCUUCCCGCAUGGAGUGCGUCCGGAGCUAGAUCUCGGGUCGCACCGGCACAACCAAUCGACCCGGUUCUCGCCGGCCACAGGUUAGGCGCAGGGAGGAGGAUGACCCGCCCCUCUGUCCCGAGCGAAGAAAAGGCAGCCAAGUCGAAGCGGUACGCCUGCUUCUCAAGCUCACCGCCCCGGCCGUCUACCGCAGAGGAUACGACUCCCGGUGGAACUAGCGCUGCAAAGCCGGACAACGAGAAUGAAUCUCCGGCGGGACCCGGUGGCUUUCCGAGAGGACUCGGCGGACAGAUUCGGCGACCCCCCGGCCUGAGCAGAAUCACGCCGUUGCAAAGGUUGCAAAAACCGUUUAAGCCGUUGACUAUGAACAGGCGCUAA